GUCACUUUUACUCUUCACAGUAAAACCCUAACUCAUGAAUAUAAAUGGUUUUAUAACACCACUACAUCAGUAGAGAGGACUCGAGGGUGGAGAGAAUACACAAAAUUUUGCUAUAAAUGGCAAUGGCUCUAAAUAGAUAGUUCCAAAUCUUACUCCCCUUCUCGCUACCCAAAACUGUCCUUGUUCUAUUUAUAACCUCCUUCAGAAUCAAUUAUGUCCUCAACUGGUAGUGAAGAAACCCACUACAACUCAUCUUCCUGGUCUCCCCCGAACAUAGCCUCCCCAUCUCCAUUCUCGCAGCAGGCAACCCCAAGAAGAACCAUGGAGGAGGUCUGGAAGGACAUCAACCUCGCCUCGCUUUCGGACUCCAGCAACACACUCAACAACAAUCCCAACUUCAGAAACAUGACCCUCCAAGACUUUCUCGCAAGGCCCUUUGGCAAUGCAGUCCCUCCCGGAUCCGAUCAGCACCAGCACCAGCACCAGCACCAGCACCAGCACCACCACAUCACUCACAACUCUCAUCCUCCUCCUUCACCUCCACCUCCACCCCCAGCUCAAGCUGUGAUGCAGAGUCCGGCCACUGUUCUGAGCUUGAAUCAUUUGGAGUCGGACCAGUUUCAGCUCUUCUGUAUUGAGAAUCUUAAUUCUAGGCCUAUUAUUGACAUCAACCACCCCAACAUUAGUACUGUAUCUGAUAAUUCUUUCAGUGGUGCUUACCCGUUUGAGGGUCUCGGAAACCAAUCUUCUCCUUCUUCUGGGUUGGUUGUGCCAUCGGGUUUUGGGGUUGGGAAGAGGACUUUACCCGAAUCUGACCACAGCAACUUCGGAGGAGGAGAUCGGAGACACAAACGGAUGAUCAAGAACAGAGAAUCUGCUGCAAGAUCCAGAGCAAGGAAGCAGGCUUACACGAAUGAGCUGGAGCUUGAGGUUGAGCAGUUAAUGGAAGAGAACGCGAGGCUGAGAAGACAGCAAGAACAGUUAACUACUGCAGCAGCUUCUCAACUCCCCAAAAAGCCUAGUCUGCAGCGAUCAACAACAGCACCAUUCUGAGGAGCUCGGUGAAUUUGAUACCCUCUUUUUCCCCGCCAGAUGUCUCUUUCGACUUGGAUAUGUUUCUAGUAUUUUGUGGGUAAUUAGGGUAAAGACUAGUACGUAGUACUACAACCUUUCUACAUGUAGAAGUUUUCUGGUAGCCAAGCUAUCUAGAUAUAUGGCAAUGGAGAGUGCCACAUUUACCUUAGUCGAUCGGUAGAGUUUUUAUACUAGUG